AUGUCAACCGUCAGCGAAGCCUCGCCAGUACUCGAUUGGUACGAAGAUCGCGGUACACCCUUGCAGAUUCAUUUCAUCAUCAUGUUGGCCCUCCCGGUAGUCGCUGUGGCAUUGCGGUUCUGGUCGCGAGCCGUCAUGCCUUCUGUUGGACCAGGGAGAAGGACAAUCGGGCGCUUCUGGUGGGAUGACUGGACAGCACUCUUAGCGACGGUUUCCAAUACCGCUGUCUGUAUCCUCGCCAUCAAGAUGGUGCAGCUCGGCCUGGGCCGUCACGCGGUGAUCGUCUUGCCAGAGAACAUUACGCUAUUCCUCAGAUUCCUCUGGGCAGUGUAUAUCAUCUUCAUUAUAGGUGCAUCAAUAGCCAAAGCCUCGGCCCUGUUCUUCUACGCGCGAGUGUUCACCCAGACGCGCUCACGGUUCCGUUACUCUCUCUGGACACUCCAAGCGUUCAACGUGCUCUGGCUGCUAGGCACCAUUCUCGCAGUAAUCUUCAUGUGCUCCCCAGUUGCCAAAGUGUGGAAUCAAUCAACGCCUGGCCACUGUCGCCGACCGGCCGAUAUCUGGCUCGGUAGUGGAGUUUCUAGCGUGUUUAUCGACGUUCUGAUCCUAGUCCUGCCUAUUCCCAUCCUCUGGGGACUGCAAAUGAAACCAUCCCGCAAGUUCCUCGCCGUGCUCGUCAUCAUUCUUGGCCAUCUCGUGGUGGUGGUCUCCAUUGGACGUUUGGCGUCAGUAGCAUGGACCGUCCAGCACCUUGCAAUGGAUCCUACCUCAGUCAACACCGUUGCUCCGAUCUUUUGGCAUGGAUCCGAGAUCCCCAUUGCCGUCAUCAGCGUCAGUCUCCCCAGCAUCUUCCUCCUCGCGCGGCGGGGCUUCUCCCAUGGGAUGAAGUCAAUGUUCAGCAUGAAGACGAUACCGUCUUCUGUAUGGGCGGAUGAGAGCCACGUUGAACGGGCCGAGCCCCGCCCGGCCAGAUCUGUUAGUUCAAUCGGGCUCGUCCCUGUCCGACCAGUCUAUAUCCAGAACCCAGUCAAAUGCGUGACCACAGACAGCGGGUUCACCGAAUCUAUCACUGCGCUGCCACCGAUCCCGGAAGAGCCUUGCGAGCACCGGACGCCAUCAGUGACUGCAGAGUAUGGUUCCACGAGUACGCUUUCGACCGUGCUGCCGCAGAUCCCUGAAGAGGUACAUGGACGGCAGACGCCUCAGCUUACGGUGGAUUGCGGUUCAACCAGCCCUAUUUCCUGGGCACGAGCCACGGAAGCCCAGCUUGCGGAACUUGGCCAUGUAUAA